AUGAUUUCAAUGGAAGAUUAUCGUAAAAUUGAGGACAUUACAAUAAAAAUGAAUUGUGGGAUGCAUGGUAAAAAGCUAAAUCUUUACUGUAAGAAGCACGAAAUUGCAGUAUGUGUAACCUGUAUUGCUUCUGAACAUAAAUCAUGUUCCUCUUCAAACGUUAUCUCCAUCGAAGAAGCAUCAAAACGUGCAAAACAGUCAGCUGCAGACUUAGAACAAUUAAUAACAAGAACUUUGGAAAACUUCAAGUAUUUUAUAAACAACAGAGAAAUUGCCUUGGAAAAUGUAGACAAAGACGAACAAACAAUUAGAAAAACGAUAGAAGACACACGACUGAAUCUGAAUGAAUACUUAAAUGAGCUCGAAAGAAAGUUGCUAUUAGAUUUAAGAUCAAAGCAUGCAAACUGUCAAUCACAAUACACAAAAAGUCUUAGACAACUGAAUCAAAAAAGGAUAGAAAAAGAGAACUUAAAAGAGCAAAUAAUUAAAAUGAAACACUCUGCAUCUGACAUUCAAGUAUUUUUAGGAACGCAUCAAUGCAACAAAGCAAUAAGUGAACAGAUUGGAUCACGAAAAAAAGAUAUAAGGUUUCAUACAGAUACCAGUAUGAAAUUAGAGAUAGAUCCUUUUAUCAAUUCAUUUAUGGAGGAGGUAACGCAAUUUGGAGAAAUUAGGGUUACUGAAACAAAUGUUGGCCAGGCAAAGACUCAGACACAUGGUUCAAAACAAAAUAUUUGUAAUAUUAGUCUACAGUUGAAACAGAAGUUUUAUAUCAAAGGAUGUGUAGUCCCAAUAACUGGCUGCAUCAUCUUAUCAGACUACAGAAUUAUAUUUGCAGACUAUACUGGAAGUAUGUUAAUGGAAUAUAAUAACAAAGGAAAACAUAUUCGUGACAUUCUUGUUGAUCAUAGACCUUUCGAUCUUGCAGCAGUUUAUAGCGACCGUAUUGUUGUUUCAUAUGGAGUAUCUAAAUAUAUGGAGAUUAUAAACACUAAUAGAGAAAAUGAAGGUAGAAUGUAG